GACAGUGAAGUGAUUUUAUUAAUAUCACGUAUGAUACGAGAUAUUAAUAAAUCUGUUAUUGUCCCUGGUUUAUGAAAAAAUGGAAAAGACUCUGCCCAUCGAUUCCAGUCUGCCAAAUACUAACACGGAUUACGAUAUCGAAUUCGAUUUAGCCGUGUACAAACUCUACCCGCAACUGUCCACGCGUACCUACCUUCGGAAGGUCAUACGACAGUAUUCAAUCGGGUUUAUUACAGCCGCAAUGUUUGCUCGACGGCUGACCGAACUAGUUACAGACCCGUUUCAUCUGGAGUUGUUUGAUGUCUGCCGAAAAUUAGUUCGGAUUGCGGAUCAGAUUGAGUUCAGUCAAACGCUGCCAAUGUACGAUUUGGAUCGUGUAUUAAGGCGAAUAGUGAACCGAAAAACGCUGAACGACGAAUUCGGCUUUCGAGUAUGUGGCGGCAGAGAUCAAAACUGUCCCUUAGUGAUAUCUAACGUUGACCGGAAGUCCAGAGCUUGGCGUGCAGGAGUGCGCCCCGGAAUGCAGAUCUGUCGCGUCAACGGAAUGCGCGUCAACAAAGCGACACACCGAAUUUUCGUCGAUUACGUAAAAAUAUCACUACAGUUAGAUUUGGAAAUGAAAAUGGUCGGCAUGAUUCCAAAGCAAACUAAAUCCAGACGGAAAAGAUGGGAAUUUCCGGUGUGGGGUGAAAUGAUCGAUAACAAACUUCCCAUCGCCAUGGGACGAUCAGUUGUAUCGUUCGUGGUGUGGUCGAACGCAUACUGCGCCAAAGAGCUCCGCAUCUUGAUUCCGGACACCGGCGAUGCUACACUGGGACUGCAUGUCCGCCAGAGCGAAGCCGGCUUGCAGGUUUUGGCAGUCCAGGAGAAUUCCACAGCUUGGCAUGCCAAAAUUCGCACUGGAGAUGUGAUCGUGGAAUCAAAUGGCAAACGACUAGAACAACGUGAUCUCGAAGAAUCCCUUGCAUUUCUCAACUGUGAAGGAUCGUUUUUAAUGAAAAUUAUGCGGGAGUUUUAUUAGGGGUGCGUUUCUUCAAAUAAGGCUUCACUGAAAGUUCAGAUUAUUAACUUCUGCUGAUUUUAUGUGCUCGUAUAAUCGAUCAGUUUACAAAAUUAAUGAAAUCACAUUUCAAGAUCCAAUG